GGCAGCCUUUGUGCAUGAGUUUGUUAGUGCCUCGACAGGGUUAGUAAACCAAGGCAGAGGGACGCAGAGCUGCACAAUGUGCUUCCUACAGCUACUGCAAUUGCAGGCCAUCACACUGCUGUUAGCUUCUAAUGGCUCUCCAGCCGUGGUCUUCUUGCCUAUGGUAUAUCCUCAGGAUUAUAGGAGGGUGAAGUUUCAGUAUCUUCAUGUCAAUGAAGAGCAGGAUACCUCUCAUUCUUCUAGCUUGUGGCUCCUUUAACCCCAUCACAAAUAUGCAUAUGCGUUUAUUUGAGCUGGCUAGAGAUCACCUGCAUCAAACAGGAAGAUACCAAGUGAUUGAAGGCAUAAUGUCUCCUGUCAAUGAUGUCUAUGGAAAGAAAGGCUUGGUUUCAGCAAGGCAUCGGAUAGCAAUGGCCAAAUUAGCACUGGAGACAUCUGAUUGGAUUCGAGUUGAUCCAUGGGAGACUGAGCAGGAGUCAUGGACAGAGACAGUAAAAGUGUUAAGGCACCAUUACAAUGAGUCAGUCAGACUGCUCCAGUCCAAGAAGGAAUUUGUGAAAAACAAACAGCCCACAGAAAGAUCUACAGGAAAUUUCAUUUCUUCCCAGUGCUCAGUUACACCGGAACUAAAGCUGCUCUGUGGGGCUGAUUUUCUACGUACGUUUCAGACACCCAAUCUCUGGAAGAAAGAGCACAUCCAAGAAAUCUUAGAACAGUUUGGUUUGGUCUGUGUAAGCCGUGCUGGCUCUGAUCCUGCUCAGUACAUCAAUGAAUCAGAACUUCUAACUAAAUUUCAGCACAAUAUCUUUCUAGUGGAAGAAUGGAUUCAGAAUGAAAUCAGUUCAACACAGAUACGCCACGCCUUGUGUAGAGGAUUAAGUGUAAAAUACCUCAUACCAGAUUCUGUCAUAGCCUACAUUGCUUACCAUAAUAUCUACACAGAAGAAAGUGAGCGGAAGAAUGAAGGUGACUUGCUUCAGCCUCUGAAGUUGCAUAACACAGCGGUAAGCCCGCUGAAUGACAGAUGCCCAUAGUUUGUGAAAUGGACAGACGUGACCUUUUCUUCAUGAGAAGCUCUUGAAAGAUGUUUCUUUUUGAUAAGGGGGAAAUAUAUCAGCCCAAAACUUCCUGAGUUUAUGGUGUUUUAAUUUUUUUCUUCAUAAAAUCAGCACAGUCAGUUGAAUACCAUAAAGACGGAAAUAAGGUUUUAGCAAUAAAUGAUAAUCUUCAGUCAUAUUUAAAGGUUGAACAUAGUGCUUUCUAUAUUUGGAAUUCCUUAAUCUUAUGGACAGUUUAAGGAUGAAGAUGUCUUAUUGUUCUGAAGCAGCAAAUUGAAAUGAACAGCAACUUCCCUAUUUUCCUUAAAAAUAAAAAAAAAAACCAAACUCCUAAAUGUAGACUUAGGACCCCAAAUUUCUGUUUCUAAAGAGUGUAAGGUAAGCUACAAGUGCAUUUGUUUGGCAGAUAGGAUAAGUUGAAAUAAAGCAAGUGCUUUAAAAAUUAAUGCACCAUUCAUAUCAGUUUUAAGCCUCCUGAUUUACAAAUGAAAGACAGUCUCUGUCGCACUACGUGGAUUUCUUUGUUUCUCUGAUCUGGAGUCUAUAGCAUAUUAUCUAUUCCAGAGCCUUGUUGAUCAUGUGUCCUAGAGGACUGUAGAACAUUAACCCUCUUUUUAAGCAGUAAAAAAAAAAAGUUUCUGAUGUUCUUGGUCACAUUGUGAGGUAAAUCAAAAUGUAGUUGUUUUCCACUGAUAAAUGUAAUGCUUUCUUGCUGCAUUUUUGGAUGUAUAGCAAUACAAAAUAAAAGGAAGAAAGAAAAACCUCUGAAAAGCAACAAAAGCAUAACACCAAAAGCUAAAAAUGGCCGCCUUCCCAAGUAAUAUUAAAAUGCAUCCAAUUUUUCAUAGAUCAAAUUCGUGUCAUAUAAAACAUAUACCUUGUCUUUUUCUACCGGUGACUUCACUUUUGAAUGAUAUGGAAAGGUAUUACCAAACUAAAGAAGCCAAAACAUUUUUUUUGUUUCACAAUCAGUUACAAUAAGUAAUUCUCAAAAAUGUUACUUGGUCUAGGUACAUCUAUUUGUAAAGAAAACUAUUAAUUCAGCAUAAUGUUUUAGUAAACAAGUAAAAUGGAAAAAAAUACAGGUCUUGUUCCAAAAUAGAGGGUACUUUGAUAAUAGUGGUAUGGAGCUCAACCUGUACCAUUUGAAAAGGCAUGAUAGAAAACAUGAAAUACCUAAGAGACUUUCUUAGUAUUUGGAUGCAAAUGCUAGCCAGACAAAUCUAUUCUCUUGUGGGUAGGUUGCCUAAUUUGAUUCUGUCUCACUCACUUUUUAACAGGAUGCCUUCAGCUAUCCUGUGAGUUAACAGCAAGCUCUGGAGGAUUGCUCUACCUUUGGUUUUUCUUACACUCGGGAAAGAGGAAGGAAAACAGGCAAAGGCCUGACUGUGGGCCUCAUGUAGCUUCUUAUUUUACUUAAACAGGACUGCAUAAAACCAUGAUAUACUAGAAAGAGUAGAUUCAACAGAUAUGGAAAACUAGCUACUCACUUGUCUGAAAGAGAGUAGCUGCUACUACUUCACACUGAAUGAGUGCCAGCACUUGACAUUUUCUGUAUUGCCACUAAAAUGCAAAUUGUUUUCUAACCUAAGAGUACACAUUUGGCUCAGAAUUAAUAAAAUAUAGAUAAGUACGUUUGGGAAGUGUCAUAACUUGCACUGCUGAAAUCAGCAUACAGACUUCAAGGACUUCUGGUCUAAUGUACUGGAACUACUUGGAUAUUAUCCCUUUGAAAUAAAGAACUCUGCUCAUGUAGGAUUUCUCUGUACUGGAUAAAGAUGUAAACAAGGGGGCAUACACAGCUUGGUUCAAGGCAUCUUAUUUGUGGAAGGGAAAUUCUUUCAAUGUGUACUUCAGGUUAUUCAAGUCAGGCUCCUACUUGGCCAGUCUUGGACAAGCCCUCCUUUCUUCCAUUGGUUCUAUAAGGAUAUUAGCUUUCUAAUCUCAGCAUCUACAAUAGCUAUCCAUGUUUGGUAAGCCUGUGUUUUGGAAGUGGAUUUUAAAAGAUGGCAAAGGAGGAAGUUUGUCCUUAAAUAAUUGCUCACUCCAUCCAUACUCUGGGAUUGUGCAGAAUUCAG